AUGAAUUACAUUCAUGUCCUCCUCUCGCUGCUGCUUGUCCACCUUGCAGUGGCCCAAUCUGCGCAUGCUAGCAAUUCCCAUGGCCAUCCACUCACAAAGCGCGGUGCACCUGUGCCGGGUGCUAAUGGUAUCUGCCACACAUAUGCUAUUCAAGGUGGUGAUACCUGUGCAAAGAUCGCCGAGCGCUACCAGAUUACUGUUAGCAAUAUCGAAACUUGGAACACUGGAGCUUGGGGCUGGUCGGGUUGUGACAAAGUAAAGCAAGGCAAUUUUGUCUGUCUCAGCUCCGGUUCGAUUCCUAUGCCGGUUGCUCUCCCGCGUGCUACUUGCGGUCCCCAGGUUCCAGGGACAAGACGCCCUGGUAACUAUGCCGAUCUUGCCUCUCUCAACCCAUGCUCUUCAAACCAAUGCUGUGGUCCGACGGGUGAAUGCGGUACUACCUCGAAAUUUUGUGAUGCGAGCAAGGGGUGUAUCUCCAAUUGCGGAGCGAAGAGCGCACCAAAGGAAAAUACGGCCAAGGCUGCUCCUUCAAAGAUGACCACUUCGAAGAAGACUACCUCACAAGCUACAACUUCGAAAACGACCGUUGCAAAGGUCGUUUCGAAUACCACCACUUCGAAGAUCCCUGAAAAGACCACUGAGAAGGAUACUUCCAAGACCACCACGUCGAAGACUGCCAAAAAGACAACUGAAAAGAGUACUGCUUCAAAGACCACUUCCAAGUCUAUCACACAAAAGACCACUGAGAAACCGAUGGUAACCAUGACCAGCAUAAAGGUAGUCACCGAAUCAAAAACCAAGAGUGCUUUUAACCCGGAGCACAGUUGGCAAAUUACCAUUUACGAGGACGACAAGUGCAAGGGUGAUUACUUCUCUGUUCAAGGACACGAAUCACAGGAGGAAGGGAUGUGCUUGGUGUUCAAGGACAAUAAAAAGACCAAAAUCUCGGAUGAAACCACUUCAUGUCGAUGGUGGACUGAUGGCGGUCUUCACUGGGAUACCUGUUCCUCCAGUAAGCUGGUGAUUCCUAGGUCAUGGUAUAUCACAAAGGGCCAAUGUCUUUUCUUCAAGAACAAGCACUGUAAGGAUGACGACUGGUUGGGCCAGACUUAUCCGCCUGCGAAGGGCUGUCAGCACCGCGGGACUGGGUACAUGUCUCCUCAAUUAGCGGGAUACAUGGUUAAUCAGGGUGUAGGGGAAUGGGGUUCUAUGCAGUGCUAUUGGACGGAGACGUGGAAAACAUGA